AUGCCUUCUGCUAAUGCUGCUGCUCCCCCUCUUCCGACUCCCACCCCGGACGAACUCGAUGACCUGAUCUACUUCUCGAGGGUUGGGGACCUCGACUCGCUGAAGGAGGUCGUAACGAAUCUUUGCGCGACCCACUCGUGUCCGCCUUCGGUGAUCGUCGCGUCGGCCAUUGACGUGGACGAGGACGGUCUAGGGUCGCAGUCGAGCCUGCUCCAUUAUCCCGCGGCGAACGGCAACCUCGAGAUCGUAAAGUACAUACUUGGUCUGCUCACGCCUUCGGACGCGCUGGGAUCAAGCGUCGGCGCGACGACGGCGGACAAGUCGGCUCCGUCACUCGUGAACCAUAAGAACGUGAACGGGAACACGCCGCUGCACUGGGCGGGGAUGAACGGGCACCUGGAGGUCGUGAAGGCGCUCGUGGGCGCCGGCGCGGACCCCGGGAUCGCCAACGCCGCGGGGAGAGAUGCCGUGUUCGAGAGUGAGAUCUCGGCGAAGGAAGGCGCCAGUGAGUGUGCGGAGUGGAUGUUGAAGGAGUGCGAGGGCCUGGAGAAGGGUGUGGGGGUUGGGCACGAGGAGGGUGAGGCGGCGCAGGAAGACGUGGAUUCGAUGGGGCAGGAGGAAGCCUCGACGAGUGAAAAUGGUACGGCACACACUGCUACGGCAGAGAAGGCGACGUGA